ACAAGCUUCGGCGCCAGACUCGACGCGACAUCAACUUCAUCAGAUCCUAUGGGCAAUAUGGGAGAGCGAGGAUCUUGAUGUGGCAACCAAGGAGUUGAAGAUGGAAGUGUUGUAUCUCGCUGAUGAUAUGGACGAUGCCAUCGACGACUUCAUCCACAGCAUGGAGAGUUGGAAGAAGGCUAAUGGGUGCUCCCGCUCCAUAGAGGCCAACACCCAGACAAGCCCUUUCCAAGAUCUGAAGAAAAGAGCCAUUGAUGUGUCUGAGCAGUUCCACAACAAGUGGAAGACCAAAGCUACGUGCAGUUUAUUUUCAAGGAAAAAUUCCGUCUCAGGCACCAGCAAGCCGAAGCCCCGGGCUCCCUUUGUCCUCGCCGAUAAGUCACAACUUGUUGGUAUGGACGUGCCAAGGGAUAGGCUCAUCAAACACCUGGUAGGAGGAGAGGAGAGCACACAUAUCAAAAUGGCAUCCAUUGUUGGAAUGGCCGGCAUGGGGAAAACAACCCUUGCCCGCCUUGUGUACGAGGCGAUUGAAAACAAGUUCCAGGCCUGGGCUUUUGUGUCAGUCAAUCCAGGAGGUAACAUCAAGGAUGUUCUCACAAGUAUUCUCCAACAAGUGGGAGCUGUACUGCCCUCUCGCGCCCGUACAGAGAAGUGCCUCAUCAACACCAUAUCAGAGUUCCUCAAGGAGAAAAGGUACAUGGUCAUAAUUGAUGAUAUUUGGCAUGGUGGAGAAUGGGAAACAAUCAGAAGAUCUCUUCCACUGAAUACUCUGGGCAGCAGAAUUGUCACAACAACUCGUAUUAAUGCUAUAGCUGAGAAGUGGCGUGAUGAUUUUGAUGCCUUGAUCUAUAAAAUGGACACUGAAUGGGAUUAUGUUCGUGAAAUAUGGGCCUACAUAAUUGGUGAGGAAGAUGUUGCCGCUGGGAUGGUAGCAAAGUUUGACAUGGUUGCCGCAGAUUUUGAUUGUGACCAUCCUGUUGUGCACAUGUGCGGUGGUAUGCCAUUAGCACUAGUCUGUAUGUUUUCAGCGUUGGCAAAGGAGCAAGAACAACAAGGGCUGCAUGUAAAGAAGGCAAGUGAUGUACAAGAUAGGAUUUGGGAAAAAGUAAAGCGAAAUGGAAUCCAGAAUACUCCAGGUUUUGAACCAUUGGUCGAGAGUUUGCAGCUGGGCUACAUCCAUCUUCCUCAUCAUAUGCUGAAGACUUGCCUUUUGUACUGCUGUAUAUACCCUGAGGGUCGGGAGAUUAAAAGGGGUCAUUUGAUGAGGAGAUGGACCGCAGAAAGAUUUGUCUGUAAAGAGGAGAUAGCAAAAGGUUAUUUUGAAGAGCUUGUUAACAGGGGAUUGAUUCCGUUUGUAAAGAAAAGAUACAGUCAGAACUAUGGCAAAUACAGAGUGCACCCCGUGAUGCGAAAUUUCCUUAGAUGCAAACUCCGAGAAGACAAUUUCAUUACAUGCAGUUCUGAUAUUCCAGCGUCAUAUGCCUGCCGAAUCCGUUUGCUCUGUAUCGAUGAGGAUCCGAUGUCAGACUCAGACUCUGUAACGGAUGAUGGUCCCAUGUCAGAAAUUGAUUGGUCCCAUAUUCGGUCCCUUGUUGUGUUUGGAAGUGCCAGGAGAGCCCGCUUGGGACAGUUGAAAUGUCUGCGUGUGUUAGAUCUUCAGUUCAAUGAGGGUCUUGAGAAUGACGAUCUGAAGGAUAUGUGUGGCCUAUUCCGUGUGAGGCACCUGUUUGGCCUUCGUGGGAGGUUUAUAAGUGAGAUCCCACCAGAAAUACGGGGGCUGCAGCAUCUGGAGACUUUGGAAGUGAGGGGAACACGGAUCACAGGCCUACCCGUUGAGAUUGGAAAGCUGCAGCAUUUGAAGAACCUGGACUUGAAGCAGAACGAGUAUCUCAAGGAGGUGCCUAGGGUGAUCCGAGACCUGCAGCAUUUGGAGAAUCUUUCCUUGAAUACAACAGGCAUCACAGAGCUACCCAGGGAGAUCAUCACGAGACUACCACAAUUGAGGAGCCUUGACGUGAGUAGAAACCCAAAAAUCACCGAGUUACCCAGUGAGAUUUGGAACCUCCAGCAUUUGAGGACACUGAAUUUGGAUUUAAGGAUACCUGCAGGGCGAGAUGAUGCUGCUAGCUUGCCAUUACAGGAGCGUGAGCGCGUGCUGCCUCUGGCCUUGCUGCCGAGGAAGCUUCGGUCUGAUGUGAAAGCGGAAGAGGAGGUGGAGGAUGAGUGCAGAUACAUCGUUAGAUGA